AUGCUCUUCCCACCAACAGUUAGCAAUUUUGUGCCAGUGCCGGUUGUUUUUGCUCCAUCUCAGCAACGUGGUCAUCAGAUUGCUGUUUAUAUCUUCCCGCACGAUCAUUCGCUCUGCUAUGAGUUCUUCUUUCAUUGUCGAACUAUCGCCGAAACCCAAACGUAUUUGUGUUGUGGAUGUAAAUCUCUACGUACCAAAGAUAGCAAACGUUAUCGUCAACCAGUCGCAUCAUGCAAAUUGCGAGAUGGAUUCUUCAUAACGGACCCAUUGAAUCCGAUUCGGCCACAUUUCUGUACCCCAAGAAGCACACCAGAAGCCACUGCACGUCGUCUUGUGAUCGAACGAUGCAACGAAUUGCGAUCAGGAGUAUGUGAUAAGCCGACAAAAAAUGUUGUCGAGGAGAUUCUGUCAGAUAUCACUUCGCCUAAGUUCGAUGCGUUCCCAUUGGGGGAAAGGCGGAUGAUGGUAGAGCAGAUCGCCUCCCCAUAUGGAAAUACUAGGGAGAAUCUUCGUCGCACUCUGCAGCGAAAUCAACAAAGAGGACAGAAUCCGGUACCACCGUGCCAUCGGAUAACGGGUAAAACGAGAAGGAGUCGUGUCUGUAAGCAAGUCCCAUCAGCGGAGGACACUAACAAUUCGAAAUUUAAGCUUCCUGUUCUCGCCGUGCCUAGGAAAAACCUCGUGUUAACUGAGCCUGUUCGGACACUGGUCUUCAUGGAUGUGGCUAGCACACAUGUUUUCCCCGGCUAUAGCGAGGCUCAACAACGAGUCACUCCACAACUGCUUUACGAACCUGUGAAAUGCACAAAUGCUCUGAGGAGGCUAACAAUGCAAAUUGAGCCAUGCGAAUACCCACGUAUCACUGAAAUGUCGUUUGUGAGUCUUCCGCGCGACGUUUUCGUGCGGGGACAGAAGACCAUCCAGAGUCUCAUUCAAGAGGCUCCCGAACAGUCAUUUGUGUUGCGGCUUUCAGCGAAUGUCCGUACUUGUCAGAUCAAUCCUGCACUGUCCGAUAAACAAUGGCAACAAUGUCAGAAUAAUAAAGCUAGUGAUAGCUCAGUUAUUCGUCGGCCACGCGAUGAUCUGGAGUUGAAACAAACUUUUGCUCAAGAAUGGCCUUCUAUAAGGAAGUUCCUGGACGAUUGUGAAAAGCCUGCUUGUUUGAUCGCUCACAAUGGCAUGUUUUUCGAUUUCCGAACUCUGUAUGGGGAACUGCUACGAUGCGGUUUCAUCGCCAGAGGAAUGAGUAUACCAAAGGGGGUGGUCUUCGUGGACUCCACACUGGCAAUCCGCGAAAUUGAAAACAUUUUUUGCAAAGAGGUGCUCGAAGCAACGAAACUACUGGCAGAAAAAGCCGUGCAAGAUGAAGGAGCUCUUACAGUAGCCCACGCGACCACAGAAACCAAAAAAGAAGUAAAAGUACGAUUAAUAGGCUCUCAUAACGAAUCGCAGGAGUUAACGGAAUCGAUAGCAGUUCCUACGCCUUCGCUGUGA